AUGACCAUUGCCGGUUCUUCUGCAGAUUUCGGUAUUUUUUCAAGCAUGUUAACCCGCAUACAUUAUCGUAGCGAUGCGUCGCAGAAAACCAAUGUCUGGAAGAUAGGAAAACCCAACAACAUGGACCUGCAGCAGUCCCAGCCUUCAGCCUGCGUGCUUCCAGUCAAUUUUAUGCUCUACAAGUGCUACGAAGUUGUUUGGUUUGACGAAGAGGAGGAUGAUGUUCCACGAAUCAUUCCGCAAUUGAAAACCCUUGUAACCCAAGAAACCAUUAAGGUCCCUCGUGGCACGCUGUUAUCUGAAAGUGGUACCAUGCUCAUGACUGAAAUUCUUUCCGGAAUGCAUGUCCCAGUAGAUGAGCAGCCAUCUAUUGUGGGAAAAGUACUUAAUGCGGUUGAAUCAACCCUCUGCAUGCUUCCUAUUGUCGUGGAAGUAGAGGAGGUGACUCUGCGAAUGAGCAGAAAUGUUAUUAAUCCAGAAGAUGUGAUUGAAAGGGUUACAAGGGAAUCCGUGGAAACAGAUGAGGUGAAGCCUAUCCCUGCAACUAAAUCAUUUAUUGACAGUUUGGAGAAAGUGAGACUAGAUAGCUCUGAAGUCAUGGAGAACUGUGUUAUUUGUAUGAAGAACUUUGAAGCUGGUGUUGAAGUUAUUUCCUUGCCCUGCUCACAUGUUUAUCAUGAAGCUUGCAUUGUUCAGUGGUUGGAAACCAGUCACUUGUGUCCCUUGUGCCGCUACCCGAUGCCUCAUGUGGAUUGA